UGUUAUGAACUGCAAAAAUAACCUUUCCAGACUACUAUUUUGUUUUUGCAAGGCUUUUUUUUUUAAUCACUCUACUAACGCUGUGAUGCUGACUACCCUGCUCCUUCCCUAUCCUACCCAGCUCUAGAAGUGCAUGCAAACAAAAAGGAAAAAAAACCCUCAGCAAUAAGUUGGCUGAUUCUGGCAGCAAGACAAAUCUAGCACCACACAGCAGGCAGGCAGAGAGUGCACUGCUCAUCCUUUCGGUUUUGUCAGUGUAUGGGAAUGCUGGACACCAACACGCAGCGAGGGAUCCAGCCGAAAGCAUUCCUCCUCAGCAUCUGAACCCUGCUCCUUUCACCCUUGGUUGGAAGAUACAGAUGUCAGAAGCAGAGACAGACAAGGUAAAUAGCAAACCAGCAGAAAGUUUUGAACAUGGCAAGCAAAAUAUUUCUUGGCUGAAGAAAGAACUGGAUAGCCCCAUCCUACAACCCCUUGGAGACUCAGACAGCUGCACCAGCUCCCUGCACCUCCCGGCGCUUCCCAAGGUGACGCUGAGCAGUGAGGAACAUUCAGAUAACCAGCUUACAAAUGAAAAACAUACAGAUGAAAAGCCUAUGAAAGGUAUUGUUAUGAGUUCUGUUGCAGAAUUCAGCAUCACAGAUGCUCCAUCAAAGGGUACCAAAAAUGAGAAGAAAUUGUCAGAUGCAAGCACAUCAUCCAUUGCUUCCCUGGAGAAAUGCAGAGAAUUCACUUACAUUGAAGAUGACGCAUCAGUACAUCAGAGAGACAGUGAUGAUGAAUGCGCAACACUUAUCCUGGCCUGCUUGUUCUGCCAAUUUUGGGACUUUCUUAUAAUGCUGCCUGAUACCUGUGAACAUUGGCUGACAGAUACCUGUUGUCCAUCCAAUAGAUACUACCAGACCUCCAAUGAAGACCAUGCCAACAACGAUUGCAACUGUGACUGUGACAUUGAUUGCAGCCUUUUUGAGUCCUGCCACGAGACUGGUGAAUGCCUGGAACUUGCCAUGGAGAUUUCUGAAGUGUGCUAUCGCUAAGAGGAAAAUAAGUGAACAAAAUUCCUCAAAACUGCCUGAAAGUGAACUGACAGAAUACAAAGGAGAUUUUUUUUUUUUUUUUUAAAGAUAAUAAUAAUAACCAGAGUCUUUGCCAACGAGGGCUAUGUGCAUCACGCUCCUCCCACUCUGGAGGUCUAUGUAUCUGUACCAUUCUGGUUGUAUGAUUGCACCAAUUGCUGAAAACAAUAAAGGGCAAAAAGAUCUUUUCCUUUGCCAUAGACGACAACAGAAUUCCUAAGUGCCAAGUGCGCUCAAUGCUUUACCCACUGUCAGUCCAAGGCUUUUCUAAACCUCUAAUUGCUGUAAACACAGAUUUCCCCAUUCAUAAACACAGGACAAAUUAGGACAUUAUUUUAGGACUGAUAUAUAUUAGUUAAUCUUCCUAAUGGAUUCAUACCUAAACAUGUAUUACACAUUGUUGGUUAUAAUUAAUAAUGAAUGAUAUAGCUUCAUUUUAUAAUUAAAAAUUUAUUUAUUCAAUCUCUUAAAACACACUUAUAUGCUCAGAUUAGGUAGAAAAGAAAAUUAAAUGAAUUAGAAACCAUGCUAGCAGUAAUUACAGCAAAUGUCUCUAAAAAUCUCCAGUGAAUUUUGUAGAGGAAGCAUUUUAACAGGGUAGUGCAAUUCAACAAUGUAUUAAUGUGCGUGCCUAUGGUUAUGUAAUAACAGGUUAUGCCUAUUGUUCAUUAGUUAUAGGAAAGGGCUCCUUAAGUGUAAUUAGCCUAGAUGGGAAUUGACUGCACACUUCCAGAGGAGAAUUACACCGUGGAUAGUCAGUAACUCCUUUGCCUGGUUUUCAUUUGUAAGAUAACUGCAAGUACCAGAAUAUUUUCACCUAUUCUAGUGGAAACCGGCUUCUCCACCUGUGCACAAAAGAUUACAAAAUGACAGUAUCUACCCUGGUUUUGCUUUCAAACUCCCUCUAUCUCUUUUCUGAUGGCAGGUCUGAUUAAUAAAAAGGAAAUACAUAUUGCACAUUACACAUAUGACAACAAAAGCAUGUAAAUUCAGCUGCCUGAGGGUGCAGAAUGCACAUAUUAAACACAGAGGAAAAUAUAGAGUUGCUUGCUGACAUCAGAUAUUUAUAGACUAACACCAAAGUCAGUGUUUGCUUAGUAUAGACACUAAAACUUCUCCCCAAAACCCCACUGAUUUCAGUGCAGAAGUGCCUGGGGAAUCCCAGACAAGUAUUGUGGACAAGAUGCCCAGAAAUUCAGCAUUACUGAAAUCAUUGAAGCCACCUGUUUAAUUACCUGAAUUUCAAAUCUGUAGUCCUGACGCACAUUUAAUGGAAACAAAAAUUCGUGUGAAUUUCCUUUUUUUCCCCCCCUGCUUCUGGAAAAUUCAUGUUUUCAAAAAAUCAGAAAGUAAGAAGUAGGUAGAACUGCUAAUUAUCUUUAUACAGGUACCUUAAGAAGUUUAGUGACCUAAGGACAAGAAACCUUAGAAAUGCAGUGGGCAGCCCAGUGCAUUUUGUUUGUGUGCUCCUUCCAGGACAUCAGUGGGAAGUGGAAUAGGUUUGCUUAUUUUAAUUGCAAUGUCACACUGUCAGCUGUAGCCGCCUAAAGGAACAAAGUCAUUAGCUCUUAACAGCCAGACCUGCACUAGCCUGCCAGGUGGGUCUGCACCCAAACCUGAAAAUCACUAACCACUGCCACGUGGGAGGCACUGGCUUUGCACAGCAGGGGCAUUUUAAUGCUCCAGUUUGGACCCUCCCACAGAUUUUUGAUCUUAAACCUCCCAAUAUUUGUUGCACUCUCAGUGCAACAUAUCAGGCCCUAGAGGCUUGGAUCAUUCCGCUUUCUAUUAUCGCUUGUCCUUGAUGACAUAGCAAGUGGGCCUGUAUGAAUAAAGACACUGACACAAAGCAUUUAAUAGUCAGAAAAGGAGAAAUCUUGCCCCACAUGCCAUUUCUUAGAGAAAUACCAAUUGAGAUGUGUGUUUUCAGUCCUCGCUCUUGAUGCUGCCAUCCAAAAGGAGAGAUUUCAUGUGCAACAGCUGGAAGUAGCCCAACAGAAGAAACCAGAGGGUGGCAUAGCCCAAAAUGCUGGCAGUGAGGGACCCAAAGGUGUAUAAUUCAUCUUGCAAGCCGGGAUGCUUUCUCCCAGCUCUAAGCCUGUAAGGUAAUAAACAUUGACCGUACUGGGAUCACCCACGGCAAGUGAGGUCUCCAUGCAUGAGAUGUAGAGCUGAAUUAAGGACUACUGGUACUUUUUUGUUUUGUUUUGUUUUGUUUCUUUUCCUAGGAAUCAUCAUUCAGAAGAGCUUUUUUUUCAUGCUGCAAUCCAGAGAUUGUCAAACUGAGGUCAUGUCUACUCUAAGGCAUGAGUAAGGUCAAAGACAGACAUACAAUGGUCAUGACCAUAGCCAUGGCUAGACAGGAUGUCCCAACAAUAUGAAUUGAAUCACUCUGUGGAAUAUACUGAGAGCUGCUGUUGCUGUGAAUGGUAGUAUUUUAAAUAAAGCAGCAAUAACUCCUUACCUAAAGUGUACACAUUGCUCAGUUUCCUGUUUUAGGAAGUAGAUUUUUAGAGGCUUUCUGUAUGAGCAAUGAGACCUUGAGAAACAUCUUAGUUCAUACAAUGCAGUAGAAGCAGCAGCUUACGAUGACUUUGUUUUCUGCUACAAAAUUGUUAAUUGUAGUAUUGUAUUUUUCAUGACACACAGGAACCAUUUAAUACAUUGACACCAGAGUAAGUCAGUCAGACUUUUCCAUUAACUAUUCCAGAAACUAGGUUUCCUCUUUGGAGAGCCAUCCUAUUCCCACACUAAACUGUCUUCCUAGGCCAGAAAAAUACCUGUUUAUCAGAUUUGAACAUGGGUAGACAUUCCAGUGAAACAGAAAUAUUUGGAACUAUUCAAGGGUGUUUCUGCAUUUUCUGUUUAGUGGGAAAGAAGGUCUGAGCACUUGAGUAGGAGGCAUUUGGGUGGAUGGCUGUUCUGAACAUGUUGGACUCAGCUGUGCUCCCAGAGAGAUGUCAGCUCCGCAAGUGUGUGAAACCAGCUCCUCAGAACAACAAAUAGAAGUUAUGAUUUUGCAAACGGGAACAUCGUUCCGACACGACGCCUCUCCCCAGCACCAUAAAUGCACUGACAGAUUGGCUGGGGGAAGAGAGAGACGGAGGUAAUAAAGAGCUAUACUGCUACCUUCUACAGGAAGGUACCAUGGGAUGCUCUCUAAGGAUCUCCUCUUGGAAAUGACCCAGAAGUCUCAUUCCUUAAGAAGAAAAUGUCUUUUCACCUCCUUUCUCUCUGUUCUCAGGACACAAUACAGAUUAGGACAUAAACCCUUUACAUCAGAAAUUGUCAUUUGCUAAAUAUUGUACUGCACUCUGCACACAGAGGACCAAAUGUAAAAGGCCUCGGGGUGCUUCUGAAAGGUGAUAUCAAAGGAAAUUAAAUUCCCUGGCUACAGAUGAACUUUUCUAUAAUGUCGUUCUGGUGCCUUACUCUCCAUACAUACUGUAAGUCCCUUUUGAUAUGGGGCUAGCAAAAAUUACCCCAUGUACAGCCCCACAUACAGGGAUGGAGCAUGUUAUAUUACCUCCUUUGACUUUCCCCUGCUUCCUAGAGCAUUCUGAUCACUCACACUCCUAAGAAAUCACAACCAGAUCUUCCAAAACUCAAGACAACACACAACUCUGCCUUAAUUUCAGUGCUGCUGUGGUAUUCAGAUGGAGUACUACAGCUGGGCUCUAGAAGACUUUGGUUCUCAGGAAGAAAGCAAAAUAUGGGAACAACUAAAAUGUCCACAAUUGUAUUCUCCUAUUGUGAUGCUUACGCAGUAUCAAAAAACAUUCAAUAGUGUUGGACUAAGAAUGUAUGUAUCUAUUAAAUUUUUCUUUCAAUUACAUGAGCUGGGAAGUUCCAUUACUUUAAUCUUCAUCUACCUAUAUUUCAGGCCUCUUAAAUGCAAGGUAAGUUUCCUGUUAUGCAAGAAAGUAAGUUUACCAAACAGGCUGGGAUUUCCAGGCACUGCUCCACACUAUAAUUCACAGUGACUGAGUAUUAAUCAUGAUCAAUAAUCUAUCAUCCCUGUGGUUUAAGAAAAAAAAAAGCUAGGGAAUUAUUGAGAAACUGCACUUUUUCUUAGCACACUUCAUGUCAUUGCACAACGGAACAAUUCUAUGGAAUUCAUUAUUCUGCUGGUAACAAUCUAGAUUUCCUUAACAUUGCACACAAACAGAAAUCACUGCCAUGUGAUUCAUGUGCCAUGGCCUGUGCAAAAUGAGUAGGUGGGUAUAA